UGCAGGGGCUGAGCACAAAGGUGCUGGAGAGGAGGCCAGCGUCACAGGGCCCUGCCUGCAGCCUCCUCCUCCUAUUGCAUCCCCUCUUGCUUGUCCCCACGUCCUAGCUUCACCCGUCAGCACCCCCUGUACUGUGUGACCAGAAUACCGGGGGGCCUGCGCUAGAGCCCACCCCCCCGGAGAACUGUCUAGCGCCGGGAGUCCCUGCUCUCACCACUAGAACGUGCUGCCUCCCAGGACAGGAAGUCCCCGAACAUGCCCACAAAGCCGGAUCUUGUCAUCUGUCCCUGGGAGGAGCAGCACCGGGGCACCACCUCCAGAGCAUAACAGUCUUCGUGGGCCUUGCCUCCAUGUGACUGUUGGCUGCAGAGGAGAAUGACGUCCCGGGACCGUGUGCCCCUCUCCAAGUCCCGGGCAGAGAAGUUGCGGCCCCCCACAGUACCCAUCCCUCAAGUGGAUAUUGUCCCAGGGCGCCUCUCUGAGUCAGAGUGGAUCUCCCUGGUCAGCACCGAGGAAGGCGAAGAUGGAGUGGGGGAUAUCCUGGCAUGGAUGCUAGACCAAGUGCUGGAGGAGUGCUAUAAAGUGUACCUGGCUCGGCAGUGCAUCCCAUUCACCAUCAGCCAGGCCCGGGACGCCAUCCUGCAGAUUGCCGAAUGGCGCUUCCUGGCGCGGGAUGAGGGGGAGGCCACUGUGGAGGAAGAUGCCACUUGGCAGGAGGAGGAAGAGCCAGUGGCCUGUGUCACGGACUCAUGGGCACAGGGCUCGGUCCCUGUCAUCCAAACCAGUCUGACCCUGUUCUCGCAGGAGAGAGAGGUACUGAAGCACCGGGGCCCUGGACCCGGGGGGAGGGGAAGAUGGGAAGCAGGCUCUCCUGAGUGCUUGUCCUGGCUGAGGCAAUCUGGGCCUGGCAGCGCACUAGAGCUGCGACUGGAAACUGCCAUCAAUCUGACUCGUGCUCUAGGGCCAGAGCUCCACGCCACAGGGCACUCCAUGGAGAUACGGCCUAGCCCUGCCAUAUGAGUCCUGGCCGUCAGGCCACAGAAACAGCCUUGAGAGACAGGCUGUUGUCAUGAUCUCCGCCUGACUGCCUGGCCCCUGCUACUGGCUGGGGAAGGGAUUGGAGCCAU